GGCGAUCCUGCUUGGAAUAUUAGGUUAGGGAGAUGCGGCGGCAGAUGGAGGUAACAAGCGCAUGGACCGGUCAAAAGAAGACAAAGAUCCAAAGCACACCGACCUCCGCCUCCGGGGAUAUCGGCGAGGCCGAAGAAGAGGGUGACGCUGUUCUGCCAUGAUUAUUGCCAAAGAACGGCCGGAGCAACUCGAAGGCCUUGAUUGGGGCCAGGAUGAACUCGACGAGAAGAUCGAUUGGUAUCUUCAGCAGUUGAACCGUGACCUCCCCGAUAACGACGACGAUCGUUUCUGGGUUCACUGCGAUGACAAACAGCGCCGGGAGAUGAACCAACGGCUCGCCUUGUGCCGGAUCAGAGCUCAUGAGAUAAAGGAUGAAUGUCGGGAAAUUGACGUAGCAAAUCUGAAAGCGAUCUACCCACCGAAUGUUCUUGAAGACAACGGGGGGAGUAUGAGGAGUGGGAAGAUUACCGAAAAGCCUGUAGUACGCUUGAGGGUGACCAAGAAUUUGUCCAGUUAUGGGAAAAGUUACUAAGUAACACUAAGUUCUGCAUGAUGUGACCAAUUGCAAAAUUCUAGUCAUAUGUUGUCAUGGUCUGAUUGCCCUUUAUGGCAUGCACGGUUGAUGGAUUUCUUCCUUACAGACAACUCAUGUAAGGUAAACAUCCCAAAAUUGUCUGUUGUGAUAAAUCAGCGUUGUUUAUUGUAAUGUAUUUGAUGCUAUGAAGUUUCACACGUCACGUCCUUAAGCUGUUUGUUGUUUAGCGUUCAAAAAUUGAGAGUUUGGAAGAAGGUUGCUAAGCAAAAGAUGAAUUUUAAAGAGGCUUUGAAGGAAGUGUAUUAUGAAGGAAAGUAUACCUUGUUUAGAUUUGAAUGGAAAUCUGAGUUUGAGAACGAUGAUCCGACUCCUGGCCCUGUGGAGCAUCUCGUAUGUCACCCUUCUUCAAAGAUGCUGAAAAGAAGGUGCUGCUUAUCAGUUGAUCAUGGAAGCUGUCAAAAAAUUUGUUCCAAAACGGAAGACAUAUUACGAUUGUGCCGAAAAGAAGUUGGGCAUUGCAAAAGAAAUCGGCUUGAUCCCCUUCAGCCCCUGCAAAAGUUCUACGUGACAGAACAAUUCAGAGGUCACAGGCUCACAGCACAUGAAGCAGGGGUGAGCCCUGUUAUUGCCAUGUAAAGGAUAAGAAACUGCUGGCAAUUGCAGUUGAUGUAUAGUUUCUACACUGGAUCCAGUGUUUACUUCGUUCCCAGUAUUGACUAAUAAUGUAGUAUGCUUAUGGCAUGCCCUACCAAACUUGUAGCAGUGAAACAUUGCAGUUAAACUUAUUGUCAGCUCUUGGAACUGUGUCGUCAAAGAAAUCCUUCCUAUUAGGUCCCAGCCUCUCAGGUCACUUGAAUCAGGCCGGUGUGCCGAACCACUGGAGUGUGGAGAGCGUCCACUGCCCAGUACGCUGUACGGGAGGCGGGCAGGCAACGGCUCAAGUUUUGCUGCCAUCUGCGUUGCUCUGGAAGUUGUUCUUGUUUUUUGCCCCCACAACCUGCGCACAUGGGCAUGGCGACGCAUCGAUCACCUGCGUGCACACUCCAAAUUCCGGAACUCGCAUCUGCCAACCUAACUCUCCCGCGUUACUCUUCUUCGCAAGCAACGCAACCACCCCUCGCCUCGCCUUACCUCUCCCAGAUUCCAUGGCUCUAGCUCCCGCGCAUAUAUGCCAUGGGCGUGCUCCUUGGUCACCACGCCAUCCAGCAAUCCAACGCGAAAGCAAAGCAACAAGCAGAGCAACUGCGUUCGCUGGCACAAGCUAGCUCUGCCGCCAAUGGCGUCGCCGCGUCUUGUGCUCGUGGCGCCUCUCCUCGCGCUGCUCGUCGUGUCCGCCGGCGCGCUAGAGUCCGCGGGCGGCACGACGACCAAUGGCACCUCGGCCGACGGCGCGAGCUCCCUGGCCAGCUCUGCCGAUGGAGCCGACGCCGGGAUCGGGGACGGGCCGCUGGGCUCGUCGGGGACGCAGGGCGUGUUCACCCUCGACCGCUACGGUGGCGACGCGCUCGCCGCUCUGACACUGGCGUCGCGUCUCGUGUUCGCGGCGCCUCUCCUCGCGUGGCUCUUCGCGCCCGGCGCUCUAGAGGCCCCGGGCACGACCAACGGCACCUCCGUCGACGGAGCCGCCGCCGGGACCAGGGCCAGGCCGCUGGGCUCGAGCGUGUUCGCCCUCGACCGCUACGGCGCCCGCGGCGACGGGAGGCACGACGACACGCAGGCGCUCGCCAGGGCGUGGAAGGCGGCGUGCGCCUCGCCGCGGCCGGCCGUCGUGCUCGUCCCCGGUGGCAGGCGAUACCUGCUCAAGCUCGUCACCCUCCACGGCCCGUGCAGGUCCGGCGUCACGCUCGCGGUGAAGGGCACGCUGGUGGCGUCGCCGAACAGGGCGGACUGGAGCGACAGGGACAGGAGGCUCUGGAUCGUGUUCAGGAGCGUCAGCAAGCUCACCAUCAAUGGUGGCGGGACCAUCGACGGCAACGGCAACAAGUGGUGGCCGCACUCGUGCAAGAUCAACAAGGCUCUCCCGUGCAAGGAGGCUCCAACCGCGCUCUCGUUCCACUUCUGCACGAAUUUGAGGGUGGAGGAUCUGAAAAUUGUCAACAGCCAGCAAAUCCACGUGUCGGUGGAAGACUGCACCAAUGUGCAGCUGGCACGUUUGUCUAUCACUGCUCCUGACACGAGCCCAAACACCGACGGCAUCCACAUCACUCGAAGCAAAGACGUGAAGGUCACGGACUGCAAGAUCAAGACUGGAGAUGAUUGCAUAUCAAUUGAGCACGGGACGCAUAAUCUUCAUGUCUCGAAAGUUGUGUGCGGACCAGGGCACGGAAUCAGCAUAGGAAGCUUAGGAGAUGACAACUCCAGAGCUGAAGUCUCCGGGAUUAACAUAGACACAGUGCAGUUAUACGGCACAACCAAUGGAGCACGGAUCAAGACGUACCAGGGAGGAAGCGGGUAUGCCAAGGACAUCACAUUCCAAAACAUGAUCAUGUACAGCGUCAAGAACCCGAUAAUCAUCGAUCAGAACUAUUGCGACAAGAAUAACCCAUGCAAAGAACAGAGAUCAGCAGUGGAGGUUAGUAAUGUGGUAUUCAAGAACAUUAGGGGGACAACAAUUACCGAGGACGCCAUUAAGCUGAAGUGCAGUAAGCAUGUCCCAUGCCAUGGCAUUACCUUGCAGAACAUUGACCUGAAGAUGCAGGGCGGCAAGGGCGCCACAGAAAGCACCUGCCAGAAUGCAAAAUGGAGGAGAUCGGGGACCGUUAUCCCACAGCCUUGCACUGCCAAAAACUAUGAGUACGAGGGAUUGGAAUUGAGCAGCAUUUAAAAAGUCAGGGUAUGCAUAAUAAAGACGUAGUAAAAUGGCAGUGUUUGUUACUGUAUCUGCGAAUUGGUGGUUGUAAAAUUCCUGUAAAUUCUUCUUUACAAAGCAACAACAACUGAUUCUCCAGGGUUAAUGCAUUUGAUA